UUUGAUGAUUCUUGCAGUGGUAAAUCGGCUGAAGAGAUCAAGCAAAUAUAGAAUGUUUACAUCCUUGUUCCACUUUUUUAAAUCCAUAGCUACAGUCUCAUUAAAUUGAUUUGCCAAAGGUAAACAAACUGCUGGUCGUGGUGGUGUUUUACAGACUCUUUGACAUAUCUCACAAGAGGCAUAAACCUCAUCUAAUAUAGACUGAUAAUCAUCAUCCCAAACAUUCGCAUCACUCGGAAAGGCUUUCAGUUUACCUUGUGAAGAGUGGGCAAAUUGCUUGAGUAGUUUGACAAGCGUUUUCUUUUUCUCUGUUCUGGAUACAUCAGCUUCCAAGGUAUAAACGGAAUCAGAAAUUGGUAUUUCUUCCUUGUCAAGCGGAAUGCAAUAAUGUCCUGAUGAGGUACUAUCAAGGUCUACUGUUUUGCCCCAAAUUUCAGCUUGGUCAUUUUCAAGGUGUAAUUUGAUUUUGGCAUUAUUCCUUGCAGUUUUGCUCAAUAAUAAUGGGAUUUUACUAUCAAUCACAUCCGUUUUGAUGAAAAUGCUUUUUCCAGCAAUCUCGCAUGGGAAGGUUACACUACCUCUGGAUUUCUUUGUUUCUCCUUCACCAAAUUUAAAGACUGUUGAACUAUCACAGUGCUGGACUAGAUUAGAUUCUCUAGCAUCUAACUUUUCUAGGUAACAGUCCAUCCAAUGCCUGCCUGCAACUGUAGAUGUGCAGUCUGAAUCAAGAACUGUCGAAUUUCUUGCUUCACUAGUAAGUAAACACAACUCACUUUCAUUUGAUCCAGUAAAUAAUGUGAUAUGCUCCCCAGAGUUCAUGGACCAUCUGUGAGGACAAUCUCUCAUAAAAUGCAAAAUAGACUUCAAAUUUUGCAUUUUGUAGGUUUAUCAUUGAAACCCAAUGGGUUUGUUUUAGUGUCAGUGUUUCUAGAUUGAAAAUGUUCAUUUUCACCAUGCCUAAAAAUUCUCUGUGGUCUGCUAAAACGGUUAUGUUGAUAUUUAUUAGGACAAUUGUAAAGUAUCUCUUCUGAAGCUGAGGCUCCCCUGGAUUCAAACGCAAUGCCAGAAACAUCACUCUCAGAUGGGAUAGCUUGUUUUCCAUAGAACUUUCUGAGAGCAGUUUUCAUUUGAUCAAAUAACUGUUAUUUCUUUGAGUAAUCAACACCUGUUAACACCAGUUGUCUCUCUUUGUAAGAAAGUUUUGAAGCAUCAAGUAGUUUAAAUGCUAAGACUGAGGAAGGCAAUUUCAUAUCUUUUUGCAUUAUUCGGUUAUACCUUUUUUCAAAUUCCAAAACAAAAGCCUCAACUUUCUGGUUAGCUUCACGUACGUAUCUAUCAAAUAUGGUAUAACGUUUGUAUACCUUACUUAGCUCAUCUUUUUUAAAAAGUUUAUCCAAAUAAUCAAUAAGUUUCUCUACGCCAACAUCAGCUUUAAUACUUUCCAGUUUCAGUUCAUUAAACACUUUGUCUCUAACACCACUUGGAUCAUCUUUCAGAAAAGACAAUGCUACUGCAACUCCCCAUUUCUUUUUAUCUAAAUCUGUAACAAUGCACCAAGCAUGUAACUCUUCACAAUAUCUGUCAUAUGGUUUGUCUUUUGCUAUUGAACACUGGUGGCUUUUUAUAGCCACUCAUCUUCAAAUUCUUCAACUACCCUUUGCUACCAUGUAAAAUUGAUAAUAACCAUAGAUAGUGAAACGAUGUACACAUAUAUUUAUUACACCCACCAGUUUAAUGCUACACUAUAAAGAAACAAGUAAUAAGCAUAUGAUCAACACUAACAUACAGAACGUUCUUUUCUAAUGUUUAUAGAAUUUUGUUAUGUAUUUAUAUCUCAGCAAUCCCGUUGGUACUAUUUUCUUCAUUGAAUGUAUAAACUUUAAAUUUCACAAUAAAUGACAGAAAAUAUAAAGCUUAUCACAUAACCUGCACCACAUUAUAACCCGCACCCACAGUGGAAGUUGUAAAAAUCAAGUUAUAACCUGCAGGUUAUAUAUGGCAAAAUACGGUACCAUAGCCCCGCCGGAUUAACAUAAGCCAUGUGAGGGAAAUUGGAGAUAGUACACUGUGGGCUGUUGAAUGUUGCAGGGAGUUGUCCGGUAGAACACGUACCCUGAUUGCGUCUGCUUAGCUCAAAAUAAAUACUAUAUAAUAAUAAUAAUAAUAAAUAAAUAAAUACUCUAGGACUCCCCAUCUAAGCCAUUGACCCUACUGGAAAUAAUGAACAGGGUAAAUCCCUUGAUAUUUGUUAGGCUAGCCAUUUGAAAAUUUGAAUCAUCAAACAAGAAGAGCUUCUAAAAACAGGCUCCAUCAAAUAUAUGUGGUUUUUUUAAAAGUAAGCAACAAACACAAUUAUACAUGUUUAAAAAUUGUUCGUUUGGCGUCAUACAUGGCGUUACGAUUUUAUUCUAUUCACAAUUUGUCACUCAGACCUUGCCGUGAGUUUUAGUUGCGAGUGUGACAAACCGCACGCGCAAAAGGCCCUGUGCGUGCCAUGGUGUGCAUUUUUUUAAAAUUGUUUUAAAGUCUCUGAAUGCUUUACACAAUAAAAUCAACGUGUAAACAAAAUAUGUGUGUAUUUUUUUUCUUCCACUAGGCUUUCUCUGGUUCUCAAUCCACAUUAACAUAAUUGCUGACGUAAAAUACAAAGAUACCGUAGUUGCAUCCACAAAAAAGUUGCCGACAUAAUUUUGUUGUGAAAUGUAAAUGAAUGCCACAAUCAAAAACGCUCGGUGUUAUUAUGAAGAACGUACGGUAUAAAGAACAUUGAAGUUGGCCCCUUUCCUUCGUGCUGACACUCUUAUGCUUCGCUGGUGCAUUACACUGAGACUCAAACGAAAGACGGAAGACCAUUUGGAACCAUGCCACAAGUCAGUCCGACCUUCAUCGUCAGAAGAGUGCAUACCCAUGCAAGUUAAAUAUAAUCAGAACAUGGGAGAGGUUAGGUGUCCUAUACCUUAAAGGAAUCUUAAGUUUAAAAAUAGAAGAAAAAUGAGUGCAUUUACUGAGGAUGCAGUUCAGGUGAAUGAGAAAGAAGAGGAGGAUGAAGAUGAAUAUGAUUGCAUAAAAGUUAUUGAUCGUAAUCACUUAAAUAUUGUCACAAAUCUUGACUUGGAGCGCCAAUUUAUAAUGAGCUAUCUUCGAAGUAAAUCAGUCUUAGAUGACGAAGAUUGUGAAAUUAUAAGCAAAACAGGAAACACACGCCAACAAAAAGUUUCCAUUUUCCUGGAUGUCAUAAAACGCAAAGGCGUGGCUGGAGUAAAGCAUUUCUUUGAUUCUCUUGAAUAUGAACAUCCCUGUUUAUAUGAACAGUGUACUGGGAAAAAGCCUACAGCAGUAAUGACACCUUUUCCACAUAUGUCUAAUGGUACCUGGAACUGGACAACAGGCUUGGCUGGCAAAGAACUGAUCGAUUUUGAUCGUGUCAUACUUGCAAAACAAUUACAGCAAACGGCCAACGAUUUAUCUUGGAUCACAAGGUCUUUGCACAAAGCACAAGAAGAGAAAAAUAUUAUCGAGAAGCAUUUGCUAGAAGCUAACAAUAAGAAUCAGAUGCAACAGCAGCACAUAAAAGAGUUGAAGGAAAUUAUUGAAAAAAGUUCCGAAGUGAAACGCCUCACUGAAGAGAAUUGUGCUGGCAACAACGAAGCCGUCGCUCAAGCUCAAUGCUUGCAACGGGCUAUUGAACAAGAGAUCGUUCAGAAAACUAACUUAAUCAUCGCAUUGCAGGGAAAGUUGUUGGCGCAGACGGAAGAGAUUGAUGAUAUCAGAAAAGAAAACGGAGAGUUGAAAUUGUUCAAUACAAAGCUAAAGGAAGAGGUUUUAGACCUUACACUCAUGUGUGAUAGCGAACGCAGAAACUCUAAGAGGUUAAACGAACAAGUUAUAACACAUCACGACAAAAUGAGACAGGUCGACUCCUACAAGAUGGAAAAUCGCGACUUGAAGCUGCGACUUUCUUGUAUGGCAGAAGAGAGGGACGAGUUAAAGCGAGAGCUAAACGAGUUUCGAAAAUACAGCGAAGUGCUCAACGCCAAGUACUCGAUCAUCGACAGAGAGAAAUGCAAGUUGAAGGAACAUAAAGACGAACUUUCUGUCUCCUACCUCAGCGCCAGAGACCAAAUCAACGAUAUCAGUAUACGAUGCACAGCUCUGGAUUGCGACAACGCUUACCUAUUGCGAAAUAACAAAAGAUAUCAAAGUGACAUCAAAACUUACCGCGAGAAUCAGAAAACACUGCAAGAAGAACGUGAAAGGUUAAUGAAGGAGCGAGACGAAGCGUGGAAAGCUGCCGAAAGUUCACAAGAAGAGUUGCUUAGGUACAAGAGGGAGCACGAUGAGGCCAUUCACAACCAAAUGGUUAUUAACUCUGCGCUUGACGGAAAAUACAGAGAUGCUGUAGAAGAGGUGGAAGACAUCAGGGCUUGUUUACGACAAACAAACGAAGAGCUUGUUCUCACCAAAAAAAGACUUGGUAGCGAACUUUCAAGAUCGAGUGGAUCGUUCACUUUUGAAAGUUUGGAAGUACCAGACAUCGGGGCAAAGAAAGAACCUGAUACUGAAGAAGAUGUUCCGAUUUCUCUUGAUAAAGUAUCCGACUGCUCUGAUGACGAAAGCAAAAACACAGCCUGUUUCAAGUACGCCUACAAAAAACGGCCGAACAAAGACUUACUCGAUAGCAUAAAACGUAAGGUGUCGGGAGAGGAGGAGAGACUGUUUACGUUGGAAAGCAAAAGCCAAAGUUUACCCGCUAAGGGCUUGAUGACGUUCGAUCAGAUUCGUCUGCUCUACGGCACAGAAAAUACGAUUUACACAGAUAGUCCAGUUAUGACUCUGCCAAAAUGUAACAAGAAAAAUAACGAGCUGUUGUCAACAAGGUCCGAUAUCAUACGCACAUCUUCAAGCAUUUCUGCAAGUUAUCCGUCGGCUUCGCCCAGAGAAAGAGGCGAAGAAGUUGUCAACGCCAACGAAUUCACUCGGUUAAACUCGAAUAAAGAAAAUAAGUCGAACGAAAUUACUCGAUUAAACUCUAAUACAGAUAAUAAAUCGGUUCGGAGAGAGGUUUCCGAGGAAUCCGUUUUUGAACAUUCCUUUAACGGAAGUAUGCCUUUAGACGUUAAAAGUGUACUUAAACGACAGGACGCUGUAAGGCACCUAGCGGAAGUUACAUCAAAGCAGGAUAGAGACUCACAUCAUUUCGAGCCUGAUAUGAAGGGUUAUCGGAAACGUUCCAUCCUUGUAGACACUCAAGCGUGGAACAGAGAGCGCUCUUCUUCAGUUCCCGUUUCACUAGCCUAUUCCUGCAAGUUUCAGGACUUUUAAAUGACUUUCAACGAGCAGGUUGGAGAGUACGAUACAGAUAGGUGAAACAGUUCUUGAUGAGAUAAGCAGAUGAAGACCAGAAGUGUGUUCAUAGAUUUUGUUCUGUAAAAAAUUUUUCUGAAACUGUAAAUUUGUGAUACUUUUUAUUUUUGUUUUCUUCAGACGCGAUAGUAACUUUUCGUACACCUAGUUGUUUUCGGGUUGUUUUUCAAACACAACUGCAGCGUCUCUGCAACAAAGGGUGACAAGAUGAAACUUAUGUUCUGUGAGAAGACUCUUUAAUUAAUACCAUCCUUGGUAUGGUUUUUUAUUUAAUUUGUGAAUAUGUGAAUUAAAAAGACAUGUAUAUAGCUGUUGUAAACUCGUUCCUAGGGCUUCUGUCAUCUCAUACUGACAUCAAUAGCAUGAAGAGAAAAAAUCUCAUGGGAACGAAGUUUUAAUUGCAGUAUUUAAUUUAUAAUUUUUUUCUUAUUAUAAUAUGAAGAAUAAUUUUUUAACUCCUGUUGCUGGAUUUGUCAGUGGAUAACUUAUCCUUAUAUCGUUCGGUUUGAGAAAAUUAAAGAUUUUCAAGAUAAAGGUCUCUGAGUUGAAGGUAGUUUUUACACAAAGACAAAAAUUAUUCAGUAUUCGAAUGAAGCGGUGUCUAUCAUCUUUUUUAAAAACUUUCAUCUAUCCAACGUAUUGUGAAAAACCUGAAAAAUAUUAUAACUAGUAUACACCCUAUUUUUUGUAACUAGUUUUAUGCUAGUUUUGUAACUAGUUUUAUAUACAAAUUCGAGAUGUAAUAUAUAGGAAUUAUACAUGCGAUUUUUACAUUAUUUUCAGCAGAUGAAUUUUAGUUAAGCAUAGCUUAUACGACUUUGUACAAAAAUUCAAUGACGAGUAACUAAAUAAAUCAAUCAACAAACA